AAAAGUGAGUCCUUUUGUUGAAAAAGCCAACACAAGAUGCAUCAUUUCUUCUGGACAGCUAGCCAGCCUUUCCAUUAUAAAUAUACUUGUUGUCUUUCUACAUUUCACAGACAAUGAGAUAACUCAUUUUCUGCAAUCCACAGCUCAAAAUUUAACAGCCAUGAAGUAUUUUUCACCAUUUAUUUUGCUACUAUUUGUCAUAAAUUUAAGAAAAGUUGCAGCAAAUGUGUCAGCAGUGGGAGACCCUGGCAUGAGGAGAGAUGGGCUGAGAGUUGGGUUUGAGGCCUGGAAUUUCUGCAAUGAAGUUGGCAAAGAAGCCCCUUUAAUGGGGAGCCCAAGAGCUGCUGAUUGCUUUGAUCUUGCAAGAACUCAUGCAUUUUCAAGAACUCAGGGUUUGAACAAUGUAUUGAAUGCUUUUAUCAAAUGGUUAAUCUUUUCCUUUUUCAGUGAGGGGAAUUCUUUAAUUCACAAAGUGAGUGAUGCUAAUAACAGACUGGGAGUUGGGAGGCCAUUUCCGGGUUUAAGUCGACAAGCAUUGAACAAUGCAGACUUGUAUGCUGCUGAGAAGGAGGUUUAUUUAGGUUCUUUAUGUGAGGUUGAUGAUAAGCCAAAGCCAUGGCAAUUUUGGAUGGUUAUGUUGAAAAAUGGAAAUUACGAUUCAAAUUCUGGUUUAUGUCCUGAGAACGGCAGAAAGGUGCCACCUUUUAAGCCGGGAAGAUUUCCCUGUCCUGGAAUUGACUGUAUGAAUCAGCCCUUGUUUCAUCAUGAUAUGACUAGUCUUUCGAGUGAUGGUAGCAUGAUGAGAGGAGGUUUUUAUGGCAGCUAUGAAUUGGGAUCUGAGGGAGGUGGAUUAAACAGUGGAAACUCUUAUUAUGAGGUGAUUUGGGAGAAAAAGGUUGGUGAAGGGAGUUGGGAAUUUAGGCAUAAACUCAAAACUUCAAAGCUGUAUCCAUGGCUUAUGCUGUACCUAAGAGCUGAUGCCACAAAAGGAUUCUCGGGGGGCUACCACUACGACACUAGAGGAAUGCUCAAAACUCUUCCAGAGUCACCAAAUUUCAAGGUGAAGUUGACCUUGGACGUGAAACAAGGAGGAGGGCCUAAGAGCCAAUUCUACUUAAUUGACAUAGGCAGCUGCUGGAAGAAUGAUGGCACACCCUGCAAUGGAGACGUUCUCACAGACAUUACUCGAUACAGUGAAAUGAUCAUCAACCCUGCAACUGAAGCUUGGUGCAACCCCAAAAAUCUCAUCAACUGUCCCCCAUAUCACAUUACACCAAACAACAUCAAAAUAUACCGAAAUGACACUGCCAACUUCCCCUAUGGGGCUUAUCACUAUUACUGUGCUCCAGGUAAUGCCAAAUAUUUAGAAGCUCCAUACAGCACUUGUGAUCCUUAUAGCAACCCUCAGGCUCAAGAACUAGUGCAGUUACUUCCUCAUCCUAUAUGGGCUGAUUAUGGAUAUCCAAAUAAACAAGGAGACGGUUGGGUUGGCGAUGCAAGGACUUGGGAGCUCGAUGUUGGUGGCCUUUCAAGCAGACUGUACUUUUAUCAGGAUCCAGGAACAACUCCUGCUAGAAGAAUAUGGACAUCUCUCGAUGUCGGAACUGAAAUUUUUGUUAGCAACAAAGAUGAAGUGGCAGAAUGGACUCUAAGUGACUUUGAUGUUAUUCUUACUUCUUGAAACCCAACUAUAUCAGCAUCAAAUUAUACCAGUUUUUUUUUAUAUAAAGAAUAUAGUAUUACUUUGGCAGCUGCCGCUUUAUUCCUAUCAACAAGGAUAACAUAUGAUAGGUUGUUUGCAAGGGUUAGUAGUUGAAGGUUCUGAAGAGAAGCCAAAGCAAAAUUAGGCAGGCUUCACAGAGCAGGCUAUCCUUAAUUGUACUUCAUCUUAAUGAAAUGCAAUCAAGCUAGACAAAAGUCUUCUAUGAUUCUA